CCGCUACCCGGUUGUGCACUUAUCACCAUGGUUGAGACCCGCGGUGGGACGAGUACUAUCCCCUACACCCAGGAGCAGCAAGAGAAGAUGGCCGCCAUAGUGAGAGAAAACAGAGAGAGGAAGGAGCUCCUGAAGCAAGCGAAGUUGAAGGCUAUCGCAGAGGAGCAGGCGGCAAAGAUGAAGGAGUUGGAAGAGGAGAUGGGGAAGAAGAAGAAGGCUGCUGAAGAAGAAGCGGCAGCAGAAGCAGAGGAGGAGAGAAAACGAAAGGGAAAAGAAGCAGAGAGCAGUGGUGCGAUGAAGGAAGAAGUAGAGAUGGAGAAAAAAAUAAGUGAGUGGAUCGCUAAUUUAUCGUUGGGGGAAGAUGAGGAGGCAGAGUUCUACGUCCCAAAGGACGAGAGGGAUGCGUUGGCCAGCGAACUAGUAGCGAUGGAGGACCCUCUGGAACGAAGGGAAAGAGAAGAGGAGAAGAAAUUGGAAUGGAAGCUAAGGAUGAAGAGAGAGAAGAAGAAGAGGAGGGAGGAAGUCAAUAGGUUGACCGCGGAAGUGGCGAAAGUGCAGGAUUGUAGGCGAGAAGUGGGAGCACAGGCAGAUGUUUCUGCCAAGAUAGAUAAGAUGCUGGGUUAUCUGGAGGUGUUGAGUGCAGCCUGGAUGGAGGAGCGUCAGGCCAAUUGGAGUCAGAAGGUAGCCCUGGGUGCCAUGCAGUCGAGAUUUAGGGAUUUUGCGCGCGAUAUGGUUACCCACGUUGGAGGGGAAUGGAGGAGUGCCAGGGCACUCAAGGGAACCAUGGACGACUUGGUAGCCCUCCCGGACCAUGGAGUCACUGAGACCCAAUUGGUCCAGUUAUUCUAUCGUGCCAUGCCAGAGGCCCUGCGUGGGCAUUUCUUUUACAAGUCUCAACAGGUCGACAUCACAUAUGAUGCAUUAAGUAGAGAAGUCGUUCUUUAUGAGUCGAAGUCCAUGCCAGUUACCACCUUCUGGCACAAGGACUUAGAAAAGGGCAAAAGGUGGAAAGGACGUACCAUCUUUGGCCAAGUCAUGGCCAAGGAUCACAUGAUCCUGACGUUAGAGGAAGGUGGUACUGAUGAGGUCCCAUACAGUCAGAUAGAGUGGGGCCUAGAGGAAGAGGACAGUAGUAUGGGACAGGGGAGGUCUUAUGUUGCUGUCGCAGCUGGAGGGAGGCCGCAAGGUAGAGGAGGAGGCCAGGGCGAAAGGGGCCAGGCCAUGGGAGGCCGAGGACCGGGCGCACAGGGGGUUGGCGGACAGGGAAACCGCCAAGCGGGAGACAACCGCACAAUGCGAGUUGAGGACUACGUAGAGGGAGUCCAGGCGUACUUUCGCCUAGAGAAGAAUGGGAAAGUGAAGAAAGUUCUCCAUUCCCUGACUAUCCUCGUACAAGACGACCUUCCUUUUGACGUAGUUUUAGGAAUGGAUUGGGGAGAGGCAGCAGGGGCCGCACUCCAUUUGAGAGAGCAUGAGUGUAGGCUCCCUAGUCCGUUAGGCGAGGUUAAGAAUGCCCGCUUGUUCCAUGUGUCUAGUGUAGACAACACCUUGGCACAUUGCUGUCUCAGUGCUCCCGCAUUCGCGCGAUUAGUAAAAAAGGAGCAGUUAGAGGAACAGGUCUUUGUAGUUUAUGUUAGACCUGUCACUGAGGCCAAGAAAGAGGAUAGUUCCACAGAUCCAACGAUUGCCAAGCUGCUGGAAGAAUUCAAAGAUUUGACUGAGGCGCCAAAAGGAGUAGUCCCGCGACCCAUCCAGCACAGGAUAGAGAUAGAGCCUGGCAGUAGAACUCCUAAGGGUGCAGUCUAUACAAUGUCCCCUAGAGAGUUAGAGGAGUUGCGUAAGCAGUUAGAUGAGCUCCUCGAGAAAGGUUGGAGCAGGCCCAGUUCGUCUCCUUUUGGAGCACCUGUCUUGUUGGUUCCCAAGAAGGAAGGAGAGCUUCGUAUGUGCAUAGACUAUAGGGGUUUGAACGCAAUUACUGUGAAGAAUGCUGAGCCACUGCCCAGGAUAGACGAUCUUUUAGAUCGGGUGCCGGGUUGCAAGUAUUUCUCUAAGAUAGACUUAAAGUCUGGAUACCAUCAGAUAGAGGUUCAUCCCGAUGACCAGUACAAGACUGCGUUCCGGACUAGAUACGGGCACUAUGAGUUCAUAGUGAUGCCCUUCGGACUAACCAACACGCCAGCUACUUUUCAGCGUUGUAUGAAUGACCUGUUUAGACCAUGGUUAGAUAAGUUUGUAGUAGUUUAUCUAGAUGAUAUUCUAGUUUUUAGUAAGACCCUCCAGGAGCACCAGAGUCAUCUGAGGCAGGUCUUGGAGAAGCUUAGAGAGGCUAACUUGAAGAUCAACGCGAAGAAGUGCGAGUGGGCCAAGACACAAGUCCUGUACUUGGGCCAUGUAUUAGACGGAGAUGGCAUCAAGCCAGAGGACAGUAAGAUAGCGGCGAUUCGAGAUUGGCCAACGCCCCGCACACUGACAGAGUUGCGGUCGUUCCUAGGCUUAGCUAACUACUAUAGGAAGUUCGUGAGGGACUUCUCCACUAUCGUCGCUCCCUUGCGCAGACUGCUAAAGAAAGAGGCAAUCUGGCAAUGGGACAAGGAUUGUACAUCUGCGCUAAAGAGACUGAAGCGAGCACUGAUAGAGUACCCUGUCCUCAAAGUUGCAGAUCCGUCUUUGCCAUUUGUCGUCACCACGGACGCAAGUCAGUAUGGAAUAGGCGCCGUGUUACAGCAGGAUGACGGCCAUGGCUAUAGACCCGUAGAGUUCAUGUCCGCGAGGAUGCCCUCAGAGAAGGUAGCCACCUCGACAUACGAGAGGGAACUCUACGCUCUCAGGCAGGCUCUAGACCAUUGGAAGCAUUACCUGCUUGGGAGGCACUUCAAAGUAUAUUCUGACCAUGAAACGCUUAGAUGGUUAAAGACUCAGGCCAAGAUGACACCUAAGCUGACUAGGUGGGCCGCAGAGAUAGACCAAUAUGACUUUGAGCUUAAGCCAGUGAAGGGCAAGUACAACGUAGUUGCGGAUGCUCUGAGUAGGAGAUCAGACUACUUUGGAGCCAUAGUACACUAUCUGGAUAUAGGGAGAGACCAGCAGGAAAAAGUGAAGCAAGCGUAUGCGCAACUAUCUAUAGCGACCUCCUAAAGAGAGUUAGAGAGGCCCCAGAGACCGAACCAGAUUACCUCACUCCAAACGGGUUGCUGUUUGAGAAGACUAAUGUGAUUGACCGCCUGUGCGUUCCCAACAGCGAAGAGAUUCAUAGUCUGAUUUUAGGGGAAUGUCACGACACUGAGGGACAUUUCGGUUGGCAAAAGACGUUAGCCAAUCUGAUGCGUGCGUACACCUGGCCAGGGAUGAAGAAUGACUGCAUAGAGUAUGUCCGCAGUUGUAAAGUGUCCCAGAGGAACAAGUCUACUACACGCGCACCCCUAGGUCUUCUCAUACUCUUGCCUAUUCCGGAUCAGCCGGGAGACU